AUGUGCGAGCAAGUCGCAACAAUCCGCCGCUGCAACACCUGCAGACAGUACAAGAGCAAAAUCAUCCGCAAUAUCAACUGCGACAAAGUAACAAUCUACAAACUCGGGCUAUGCCGCAACGGAAUGAGCUACCGCGAAGUCACCGAAAGCAUCGAAUGCACCGAGUGCUACACCAAGCGCGAGCGAGAGGUUGAAGCUGAUAGAAAGAGACGAUGGCUUGCGGCGUGGCCUGAGGCCGAACCGGAGGCUGAGCAUGAGAAGCAGGAUGAAGACAAGGAGGAGAAGGAAGACGAUGAUGCGAGUUUGGCGACGGAUGAUAUGACGGUGAAUAGUGAGGAGUCUUGGAAUGUUGUUUGAGGGUGUGGACGCAAGAAAACUCGAGGGAAUUCGCUUUUGGGAGUAUGGAGUGUUGAUUUG